GCGGCGUCGAACGGCCGGCGCGCGCUUCACGCAGGCGCAGCACGUCCCGCGUCGCGCGCUGACGUACUGACCCGCUGUUUGUGAGCCCGCGAAAGGCGCGGCCCACACGAGGGGCGCGGCCCUGUGGCACGAACACCGGUGUGGGCGGGAUCAGGGCGGGCAGUAGAGAGACCCGGCCCAAUGGAAAAGAAGACCUCAGGCACUCGCGGCCCCACAGGUCGCCGGGAAUUUGGCGGCGGGAGCCAAGGGCGGAGUUUGAGAAAGGGGCUGCGCCCAAAACUCGUCAGGGGCGAAGUCCCCCCGACCAUGACCUCCACCGGCCAGGAUUCCACCACAACCAGGCAGCGAAGGAGUAGGCACAGUCCCCACUCACCACCCCAUGACUCCGGCGUCACCUCGAAGAGAGGUGUUAAGAAGGGUGCCACACUCCGCUCCAGCCCCAAUCUAGCGGAGGUAAAGAAGAAAGGCAGAAUGAAGAAGCUCAGCCAAGCAGCCGAGCAAGACCUAAUCAUGGGGCUACAAGGGCUGGAUCUGAACCUUGAGGCCAAGACACUGUCUGGCACUGGCUUGGUGUUCGAUGAGCAGCUAAAUGAUUUUCACUGCCUCUGGGAUGACAGCUUCCCUGAAGGCCCUGAGCGGCUCCAUGCCAUCAAGGAGCAGCUGAUCCAGGAGAGCCUCAUGGACCGCUGUGUGUCCUUUCAGGCCCGGUUCGCUGAAAAGGAGGAGCUGAUGUUGGUUCACAGCCUAGAAUACAUUGACCUGAUGGAGACGACCCAGUACAUGAAUGAGGGGGAACUCCGCAUCCUAGCAGACACCUAUGACUCAGUUUAUCUGCAUCCGAACUCAUACACCUGCGCCUGCCUGGCCUCAGGCUCUGUCCUUAGGCUGGUAGAUGCUGUCCUGGGGGCCGAGAUCCGGAAUGGCAUGGCCAUCAUCAGGCCUCCUGGACACCAUGCCCAGCACAGUCUUAUGGAUGGGUAUUGCAUGUUCAACCAUGUGGCUGUGGCUGCCCGCUACGCUCAACAGAAGCAUGACAUUCAGAGGGUCCUUAUCGUGGAUUGGGAUGUGCACCAUGGUCAAGGAACACAGUUCACCUUUGACCAGGACCCCAGUGUCCUCUAUUUCUCCAUCCACCGCUAUGAACAGGGUCGAUUCUGGCCCCACCUUAAGACCUCUGACUGGUCCACCACAGGUUUUGGCCAAGGCCAGGGAUACACCAUCAAUGUGCCUUGGAACCAGGUGGGGAUGCGAGAUGCUGACUACAUUGCUGCUUUCCUGCACAUCCUGCUGCCAGUUGCCUUGGAGUUCCAGCCCCAGCUGGUCCUGGUGGCUGCUGGAUUUGAUGCCCUCCAAGGGGACCCCAAGGGCGAGAUGGCCGCCACUCCAGCAGGGUUUGCCCAGCUAACCCACCUGCUCAUGGGUCUGGCAGGAGGCAAGUUGAUCCUGUCUCUGGAGGGUGGCUACAACCUCCGCUCCCUGGCUGAGGGUGUCAGCGCUUCGCUCCACACCCUUCUGGGAGACCCUUGCCCCAUGCUGGAAUCCCCUGGUGCCCCCUGCCCGAGUGCUCAGGCAUCACUCUCCUGCACUCUGGAAGCCCUGGAGCCCUUCUGGGAGGUCCUUGUGAGAUCAGUUGAGACCGUGGAGGAGGACGAUGUGGAGGGGGACAAUGUGGAGGAGAAAGAGGAGGGACCAGGGCAGCCCCCUGCACUCCCAGUCCUGACGUGGCCGGUGCUGCAGGCUCGCACAGGGUUGGUCUACGACCAACGGAUGAUGGGUCACUACAACUUGUGGGACAGCCACCACCCCGAGAUGCCUCAGCGCAUCUCACGUAUCAUGCGCCGUCUGGAGGAGCUGGGCCUUGCCGAGCGCUGCCUCACCCUGCCCGCACGUCCCGCCACAGAUGCUGAGCUGCUCACGUGCCACAGUGCUGAGUACGUGGGUCGUCUCCGGGCCACGGAGAAGAUGAAAACCCGGGAGCUGCACCGUGAGGGCGCCAACUUUGACUCCAUCUACAUCUGCCCCAGCACCUUCGCCUGCGCGCAGCUGGCCACUGGCGCUGUGUGCCGCCUAGUGGAGGCUGUGCUGGCGGGAGAGGUUUUGAAUGGUAUUGCUGUGGUGCGUCCCCCGGGACACCACGCAGAGCAGGAUGCCGCUUGUGGUUUCUGCUUUUUCAACUCUGUAGCUGUGGCUGCUCGCCAUGCCCAGACCAUCAGUGGGCAUGCACUGCGGAUCCUGAUUGUGGACUGGGACGUCCAUCACGGUAAUGGAACUCAGCACAUAUUUGAGGAGGACCCCAGUGUGCUGUACAUUUCCCUGCACCGCUAUGAUCAUGGCACCUUCUUUCCCAUGGGGGAUGAGGGCACCAGCAGCCAGAUGGGCCGGGCUGCAGGCACAGGCUUCACUGUCAACGUGACCUGGAAUGGGCCCCGCAUGGGUGACGCUGAUUACUUGGCUGCUUGGCAUCGCCUGGUGCUUCCCAUUGCUUACGAGUUUAACCCAGAACUGGUGCUAGUCUCAGCUGGCUUUGACGCUGCACGGGGUGACCCGCUGGGGGGCUGCCAGGUGUCGCCUGAGGGCUAUGCCCACCUCACCCACUUGCUGAUGGGCCUUGCCAAUGGCCGCAUUAUCCUAAUCCUGGAGGGCGGCUAUAACCUGACAUCCAUCUCGGAGUCCAUGGCUGCCUGCACCCGCUCCCUCCUUGGGGACCCACCACCCCUCCUGACCCUGCCACGGCCCCCACUGGCAGGGGCCCUGGCCUCCAUCACUGAGACCAUCCAAGUCCAUCGCAGAUAUUGGCGCAGCUUACGGAUCACAAAGGUUGAAGACAAGGAGGGACCCUCCAGUUCUAAGUCAAUCACCAAGAAGGCACCCCAACCAGCCAAUCUUGGGUCAGCCAAGGAGAUGACCACAUCAGAAGGGAACAUUCUGGAUGCAGGCACAGAGAAGGCCACCUCAGUAUCAUCUGUUGAAGAGUCUACUCCAGGAGAGACAAAGUCAGAGACAGCUAUGGUGGAGCUCACUCAGGACAAGUCCUUGGAGGCAGCCACAGGGAAAGCCACACUGGACCAGACCAUCUCAGAGACAGCCACAGGGGAAGCCACGCUGGACCAGACCACCUCAGAGACAGCCACAGGGAAAGGCACGCUGGACCAGACCACCUCAGAGACAGCCACAGGGAAAGGCACGCUGGACCAGACCACCUCAGAGACAGCCACGGGGGAAGCCACGCUGGACCAGACCACUUCAGAGACAGCCAUGGGAAAAGGCACGCUGGACCAGACCACCUCAGAGACAGCCACAGGGGAAGCCACACUGGACCAGAGCACCUCAGAGACAGCCACCAAGGAAGGCACGCUGGACCAGACCACCUCAGAGACAGCCACAGGGGAAGCCACGCUGGACCAGACCACCUCAGAGACAGCCACCAAGGAAGGCACGCUGGGCCAGACCACCUCAGAAACAGCCACAGGGGAAGCCACGCUGGACCAGACCACCUCAGAAGGAGCCAUGCUGGCCCAGACCACCUCAGAGGCAGCCACAGGAGGAGCCACACUAGACCAGACCACCUCAGAGGCAGCCACAGGGGGAGCCACGCUGGACCAGACCACCUCAGAGAUAGCCAUGGUGGGAGCCAAGCUAGACCAGGCCACCUCAGAGAUAGCCAUGAGGGGAGCCAUGCUGGACCAGACCACCUUGAGAGCAACCACAGGAGGAGCCACGCUGGAUAAGACCACCUCAGAGAUAGCCACGGGGGGAGCCAUGCUGGACCAGACCACCUUGGGAGCAACCACAGGAGGAGCUACGCUGGACGAGACCAGCUCAGAGAUAGCCACGGGGGGAGCCAUGCUGGACCAGACCACCUCGGGAGCAGCCAGAGGAGGAGCCACGCUGGAUCAGACCACCUCAGAGGCUGUCAGGGGAGCUGAGCUGAUCCAAAUUCCUCCAGCCUCAUACACUGACAACCAGACUUCCCCAGCCUCACCUGUGGAAGGAGCGACACCCCAAAUAUCCCCUAGUAAGCUGAUUGGGAAUCUCAGGACCUUGGAACUAGACAACGAGGCUCAGGAGGCACCAGUAUCUCAGAUCCCUGAAGAGGAGAGACUACUAGGAGAGGCAGCUGGAGGUCAGGACAUGGAUGAUUCAGUGCUGAUGCAGAGCUUUGGGGUUACUGACCAGGCCAUGUUUUAUGCCGUGACACCACUGCCCUGGUGUCCGCAUUUGGUGGCAGUAAGCCCCAUACCUGAAGCAGGCCUGGACGUGACCCAACCUUGUCAGGACUGUGGAGCACUCCAGGAGAACUGGGUGUGUCUGUCUUGCUAUCAGGUCUACUGUGGUCGUUACAUCAAUGCCCAUAUGCUCCAACACCACGAAGGCUCGGGACACCCGCUGGUCCUCAGCUACGUCGACCUGUCUACCUGGUGUUACUACUGUCAGGCCUAUGUUCACCACCAGGCUCUCCUAGAGGCGAAGAACGUGGCCCACCAGAAUAAGUUUGGGGAGGGCAUGCCCCCCCCCUCGCACUAAAUCCCAGAAUGUCCUCCUCUU